AAUUGAACCCCAGCUCGCCGGCGGCAUAGGUGGCCUGCCUUCCUGCGUAGCUUCCUCCACCACUGCUUGGCAGGAUCCAGGAGGAUGUGCUCGAUCUCAAUUCUCCCUAGCUGCAUCAGGAAAUUUCAUUCUUUCAAGACGGUGAAGCAACCUAGCAAGCCUUUUUGCGGUGGGUGAAUCCGAGCUUUCUAAACAUAAUUCUCAAAGCGUGCCUGGUGAGCAAGAUAUUACGAUAAUUCUUUGCACGGCGGAUAGGUAGUCAGGAUCAGCGUUUCACUCAGGUCAGACUGCUACGUAUCUGCAUUGGACACAUCUCACAGCCUCCUUCCUCUUCCCUCUACAUCCUGCAACAAGUUAUCAAAGGUCGGCAGCCUAAGGAAUUUGAGUGCGAGUUCCUGCCAGAACAGCAGUUCCAGUUUGACCUGACAAAUAACAAGGCUACCUCCGCAGUGCAGCAAAAUGGCUGGCGAAUCGAGCGACAUUACGCUUUACCACGCCGUACCGACCCGCUCGUGCAGGGUCCUCUUUCUCCUGGAAGAGCUCGGCCUUCCCUACAAGCUUGUCAAGAAGGAGUUCAAGCCCUUCGGUCUGAGAGAUGACGUUGAGUACUGCGCAUCAAUUCACCCGCGGGGUUCCCUCCCCGGGUUCAAGGAUGGCGAGACAGUCAUCAUCGAGUCAAUUGCAAUCCUCCAAUACCUGAUCGAGCAAUACGAUCCCGAGCAUAAGAUGUCCCCCCCGCUGAGCGAUAAGCCGGCGCGUGCAGCCUACCUCAACUGGCUCACUUUCGCGGAGGCCUCAUACGCCUCUUCCGUCGUCUUUCCGGUGAUGCACAUGUUUGUUCUGCCGGAAGAGGCACGGAAUCCAACCGCGGCAGCGAGUUUCAAGAAGUCCGCAGAGGAGAAUCUGAAGAUCCUGGACAAGGCCCUCGAGGGAAAGCCCAAGGGCAUUGUCAACAACGAAUUUUCUGCGGCGGACAUCGCCCUGUACCAGACCACGUAUCUGGCGGCGGAGUUCCUGAAGAUGAUUACGCCUGAGACGUACCCCAAUGUCGCAGCCUGGUAUGCCGAGACUGCGAAGAGGCCCGCGGCAGUCAAGGCAUAUGAAGCAUAAGUUAGCGCGCUGAGCAGCAAUCAGGCAGGUCGCGGUAAAACAAGUUCGAAGCAGAAACUUCGUGAUUUAAGCAAGUUUUGACCCAGGUAGCAUGCAGCAGAUGCUGGCUCGGUUCCGUAACCCCUGUUGUGGCGGUGUACGCGUGCAAUCAGACAAUCCAACAUCUGACUUGCUGUGAGCUAGACAUGAAUGAUUGUCUGCCGGCGUGUGACAUUUUCUUAAUGGCAAAAGGUGAUGGUUACUAGAUUCAAGCCCACUGCAAACGAAAUGUGCAUCCG